GGAAAUUUAAUACAACACGCUACAAAAAUGAAAAUAAAAAUGAAAUUCUAAUUCAUAAUCUGAAAAGUGAAAAGAAAAAUCCCCCACGGCUCACGCCCCGUAGUUGCCCUGCGACCCACAAGCUACGAACACAAAUGAAUUAGUCAAAAGUCACCCGUCAACGCACAGAAUACCAUUCAAAACAUAGCCGCCAUUAAUUAACCCUUCUCAAGAUCUUGCACCCUUCACACAGAUCUCCCCAUCUGACCUCCAUGUCUCCCUGUUACUCUCUCCCUUUCCUCUUCCUUCUCCUUCUCUCAAACUCCUCACCCUCUUCCGCCCAGAAUCCAUCUUCCUACUCCUUUUCAGACCCGCCAUGGCGUCCCAGCCAGAACAAGAAUCUUAUCUCCCCAAACUCCGUGUUUGCUGCAGGUUUUCUGCCACUACGCAAUUCUAAAGAUCUGUAUACCUUUUCAAUUUGGGUUCACAACAUAUCAGAAACCACCGAAGUUUGGUCUCUUAACGACGAUUCUCCGGUCACCGCCGACGCAUCUCUCGACAUCACCGCGGGUGGUGAGCUCCGGUUAGUCAACUCUUCAGGUCAAAACUUGUGGCAACCCCCUGCAGCUGCUACAAACUCCACAAAACUUCAGCUGAAUGAUAAUGGGAACCUCGUUUAUGGAACUUGGGAGAGCUUUCAUCAUCCUACACAUACUUUCUUGCCUAACCAGACUAUGAACGGAACAGAACUGGUCUCAAAGAAUGGGAAAUUCAUGUUCUUGGACUGCCAAGACCUGGUUUUUAACUCAUCAAAGUACUGGAGUUCCAGCGACAAGUUUCAGAAGCUGGGAAGUGAUGGAAAAGUGGCUCUAGAAAAUGGAAAGACAGUGUUAUCUGCAGAUUAUGGAUCUGAUAAUUUGCGAUUGCGUAGAGUAACACUUGAUGUUGAUGGGAAUUUUAGAAUUUACAGUUUGGAUCCAAGUGUUGGCAAAUGGGAAGUCGUAUGGCGAGCAACGCAAGAGAUCUGUAGCAUCCAUGGAACCUGUGGGCCUAACGCCAUCUGCAUGAGUGAUCCCACCAACGACUCUGUUUCAUGCGUUUGUCCACCAGGAUUCAAGCGAAGUCCUGCCGACCCCAAGGCCUGUGACAGGAAAAUUCAACUCACGAAUAACACCAGGUUUGUCAGGCUUGAUUAUGUUAACUACACCAGCGAUAGUUCCAGGCAAAGAGUCAUCAAUGCCCAAAACUUCACGAUUUGCGAGUCUAAGUGCUUAGCAGAUCCGAGAUGUCUCGGGUUCGGAUUCAAGUACGAUGGUACUGGCUAUUGCGUUCUGCAGCUUGAUCAACUAUUAUUUGGGUACUGGUCUCCCGGUACAGACACUGCAAUGUUUUUACGGGUCGACAAAUCGGAAACCGAUCAGACCACUUUCACAGGCAUGACCGAAUUGAUGGAAACAACUUGUCCUGUUCGAAUAAGCCUUCCGAUUCCACCCGAAGAAUCCAACACCACAACCCGAAACAUAGUCAUCAUAUGCAUCCUGUUUGCUGCUGAGCUCAUCACCGGCGUGGUUUUCUUCUGGGCAUUUCUAAAGAGGUACAUCAAAUACAGAGACAUGGCCAGGACGUUGGGUCUUGAAUUCUUGCCCGCCGGCGGUCCGAAACGGUUCUCUUACGCAGAGCUCAAAGCGGCAACUAAUGAUUUCUCGAAUCUGAUCGGAAGAGGCGGGUUCGGCGAUGUUUAUAAAGGCGAACUAAGCGACCACCGUGCUGUUGCAGUAAAAUGCUUGAAGGACGUUACUGGCGGUGACACAGAGUUCUGGGCUGAGGUCAAUAUUAUUGCCCGUAUGCACCAUCUCAAUCUGGUGAGGCUCUGGGGUUUCUGUGCAGAAAAAGGGCAGAGGAUUCUAGUCUACGAGUAUGUAUCCAAUGGCUCCCUCGAUAAAUACCUUUUCCAUGCCCGACGAGAUAAACCCAGCAACAAAUCUGAAGCAGAUACAUCGUCGGAGUGGGAAGGGGAGAUGGAUCCGGUUGAGAUCAAUAAUCCGAAACCAAUGCUGGACUGGAGCAUCCGAUACAGGAUUGCGCUCGGGGUGGCGCGAGCCAUCGCGUACUUGCACGAAGAAUGCUUGGAGUGGGUUUUACAUUGCGAUAUCAAGCCGGAGAACAUCUUGUUAGGCGAUGAUUUCUGCCCCAAGAUCUCCGAUUUCGGGUUGGCGAAGCUGAAGAAGAAGGAGGAUAUGGUGAGCAUGUCCCGGAUCCGGGGCACUCGCGGGUACAUGGCACCCGAAUGGAUCAAGAUGGACCCGAUUACUCCAAAGGCUGAUGUUUACAGUUUCGGGAUGGUGUUGCUGGAGAUCGUGAGUGGGGUUAGGAACUUCGAGAUUCAAAGCUCGUUAAUGGAUAGCGAGGACUGGUAUUUUCCCAGAUGGGCAUUUGAUAAGGUGUUUAAGGAAUCGAACGUGGAGGACAUUCUGGACCGUCAGAUCAAACACUGCUAUGAUUCACGCGCGCACUUCGAUCUGGUGGAUCGCAUGGUGAAAACCGCCAUGUGGUGCCUGCAAGAUCGGCCGGAGAUGAGACCAUCAAUGGGGAAGGUUGCGAAGAUGCUGGAAGGAACGGUGGAGAUCACCGAGCCCAAGAAACCUACUAUCUUCUUCUUAUCAGACGAGUGAAUCUGGUUUUAAAACUUUUUAUAUUCUCUUGCUUUUCUUAGUCUCUUAUUAGUAGUGAGAUUUUAUGAUUGAUGAGUUCUCAAAUUUAAUCAGCUGUACAGGAUAAAAUAGUUAUAUGAUACCAAAGUCGAAAAUUUUCAUUUAAAUUAAAUAAAUUAACGUAUUAAGAACUGA